UAACUCAUCCUCUCCCACCCAUCAGCUUCUCUCUCUCGCGCUUUGUGCUCCUGCUGAUCCAGUGCCUUAACGCGCCCCGCUGACCGGUACCGACCAGAACCCCCGAGCAACACCACAGCAACAUCUCAGCAACACCACAGCAACCGCCAUGGAGCAGAUCGCCGCCGCGUAUAAGGAGAAGAUGAGGGAGCUGUCCAUGUUCUCACUGUUCUGCUCUUGCUUUAAUCCCAGACUCCACAAAAACCUGGACGUCAACUCAGAGUAUAUGGAAGUGAAGCCUAUAAAUAAACGAGCUUCAGGUCAGGCCUUUGAAGUGAUCCUCAAGCCCCCCUCGCCGGUGUCAGAUGUGGCCCACAACAUCGCGUCCAUUUCAAAGAAAAGAGACGUCUCUCUGGAGGACAUCCAGAAGAAACUGGAGGCUGCUGAAGACCGGAGGAGAUCUCAGGAGGCCCAGGUACUGAAGACUUUGGCUGAGAAGCGCGAGCACGAGCGGGACGUCAUGAUAAAAGCCCAGGAGGAGAACAAUAACUUCAGCAGGAUGGCUGAAGAAAAGCUCAUACUGAAGAUGGAGCAAAUUGACGAGAACCGCAGGGCCCACAUCGCAGCCAUGAUGGAACGCCUGCAGGAGAAGGAGCGACAUGCCGCUGUUGUCCGCCGGAACAAGGAACUGAGAGAAGAACUGACAGCAUGAAGUCGUUUUCACUCUCGUCAACACUUCUUUUUUCAUCCUGUUGUUACACACACAAAAAAUCACACACACAUUCGCGCAGUACUAUCUAGUAGGUAAUUUCAGUAUAGUUUAAAUGGUCUUGCUCAGUUUCAUAGUUUAUCACUCAUAGAUUAGUUUGUAAAUACGUAAUUUUUUAAAUAACUAUCUCUCCAUCCGUCUACCAGUCAGUCUGACUGAGCACAAACAAACAUCCAUUGUAUAAAGUCUAUCUACGAUACAGUGUCAUUAUCAUAUGUAGACUUAACACCUUAAUCCCUUACAAAACACAUAUAAUCUGCAUUAUACACCUGCAUACACAAGUACACAGAGUAUUUAUGCUGAUAUACAGUAUAAACGACACACUGGAGUACUUUCUUUCUACAACCCGGCUCUGAAACACACCUCGUUCCAAGGAUUCUCUUUGAUAAAUCUACCUUUGAAACGCAUUAGACACAAAAAAGGUGGUUUGUGUUUAAAUAUUCUGAUCAUCUGCUGUUUACGACCUACUCUUUGGACCUUUUUGAACUAAGUAGUGCUAUAAAGUGAAGGGUCACUGAUUAGCAUUGUAUCAAUAACUCUGUAGCCUUCUUUAGCAACAUCAGCUUUGAAAAACAACUUGCUUUGAAAAAAUGGUUCACAAAAAAUGUAAUUUACCCAGUUUCUUUGCCUCACCCAAACUAUGGUAUGGCUUUGGGCCGUUACGUUGCUGUCUGAAGCAAAGGUGGCAUUACCUUAUUUUUUUCCUCGUGAGCCUUUGGCUCAAGUACUAGGAAAACAACUUUUAAACACCAGGCACUAAUUGGUUAACGCUUGGAUGUGUAUUUCAACAAAUAUUUGGUAGCAGAUAUUUGGUUUAAUGCAGGAAAGAAAGAAGCAAAUAACACUAAUACAGGCAAAGUUAGCUUAGCUUUUUAGUUGUUAGCACUCGUUUAAGGAGGAUUAAAAUAUCAAAAACAUAAAACUAAGCAGGGCAAGUGUAAAAGACAUCUGAAAAUAUUGUCUGUUUACUGUUUGUGAAGUGCUAAAAGAAACAUGUAGGUUUUAUUAUGAGAGGAGUAACUGAGGCAGCCUCUCACCGCAGCUAAUGAGCUAAUGCUAAGAGCAGAGCUAACCGAGGGCCACCAUCAAAGCAGCUAAUGCUAAUAAACUAACAGAGGUAAGUCAGUGGAUAAUGUUAGACUUAUUUUGUGAGAGGAAAUUGACAAUUUUCAUAUCUUCUCACUGUUUCUGUACCAAGUUAAAAUUAAGUACUUUGAAAUCAUCCUCAAAUGCAGUCCCAAAAACAUCAACAAUGUUAUGAUGAAACUGGCUUUUAUCAGGACUGCCCCAGAAAAGGAAGACCAAGAGUUAGCACUAGCAGCUACGGAAAGCGCAAGUUAGCAAUGGUAAGCAUGUUUCUCUGCGAAGAAUGUUAAUAAACAGCUGAAAAGUGGAACUCUGAGUGGUUAACCAGGACGUGAGUAACUGUGCACAUCCCUAGUUUGAGGUAAAGGGAGAAUUAAAUUGGUAUAAAUUCGAUUUUUUUGUGAACUCUUGCAUUAAAAUCACACUGAAUGCUGAAUGGCCAGUCCUUUUUAUAGUAUUUCCUCAUUCCGUAACCUGAAGAGCAUGUAAAUUCUCCUCUCACCCUGAUUCCCUGUUUGAGUGUGUGUUUUUCUGUGUGAAUAAUAAAAAAAAAAAAUCUUAACUCGAGGUUGAGGCUUGCCAUCCUGCAGGUCCAUCAGACCCAAACCUACUGCAGUUCUGCUGGUGCUGUUUAGAGUCAGAUGAAUGUCUGUAUCCUGACCGUACUGAUUUCUGUAAUAUCUCUGCCGGUCGAAUGUACUUCUCCUCCUGACUUCAGCCUCUCCUGUGGAUAUGAGUUUUGUGUUUGAGUGUGUGUUUGUGUGUGUGACUGAGUGAGUGAAAGAGUGUGUGUCUAUGUUAAUUAGGGUGGCCAAGCUUUUGUGACCUUUCUCUUUGGCAGUGAAAUGCCAGUGUGGAACAGAAUAUGCAUUGAAUGUUUUUUUUUUAUUGAUCACUGUUUCCUCCUGAGAUCUGUCUGCCUGCAUCUUCUGCUGCGUAAACUGUGUUUCCCUCAUUUCUCUGUGUGCUAAAUUUGGUAAAUAAAGAUUUGGGGUUCUGUGAAGGCUG